GAAGCUUCUACAGAUUUAAAAAUACUGUUCCACCAAAACGAGAACCUGUUGCCUGCUAGUGGAGAGAAAACUGUGAGGUUCUCAAUGGAUGAUGCCAACAUGGACAUGACUGGGAGUCACACUGUGACCAUUGCACAUGGUUUAAAUCUUCCACAUCAAAAGGUUGACCUAUUACCUACUGACAGUGAGGAAAAUGUAAGGUUUAGGGUAGAUGAUGCAAAAAAGGAUGUGGCAAAAAGUCGGACUUUUAAAGUCCUUUCAAGUUCAAAUGAGCUUCCACCUGCUAAAGAGAAUCUGACAAAGCUCGUAUCAAGCGAUGCUACAAAGGAUGUGACCCAAAGCUACGCUGUAAGCAGCGUCACUGAUUCUGACCAAAAAUCGACCCAGAUUUUGGACUCCUCCCUGGCCAACGCAGAGGCAAUAAACCAUACCCUAGUAGACAAGACCAGAAGAGGCACCAAAAGCAUUUUAAAGAAUCAAAACCCAGAGUCUCAACCCAGUAUUGACAUUUUUCCAAAAUCUACAGAAAAAACCUUAGAGUACCUCAAAAAUGUUCCAACCAUGAAUCUGACCCACUACCUGAAUGCAGAUGCUGUCAGCGAUCAAUCAUUAGAUCCACUUAUGUCAGACCAACCUAUUACCUCCAUGCGAGAGAACAUUAAUGAUACCUCUUCUGUGAAGGAGACAGAAAGUGAGAGUUGUGGUCUGGAUUCAAACCCACCUUCCUCGGCCCACAAUGAGCACGCUGCAUUAAACAGCUCUGUCUUUCUGACAAGCUGUGCCCAGGAUGAUACUAAAGGAGAUGCAUCAUCAUGUCCAGAAUCCAAUUCUUGCCCUAAAACAGAAGAACAUGACACUGAAAAGGAAUCCCCAAGCUUGGUAUCAGGUAAUGCAGGCAAAUCACCAAAUAAAACUGAGACUGAGAAAAUCGGUGCCUGUAUUGGCAUGAUUGAGGAUCCUAUGGAACGUCUGGUAUCAGCAACAGAUGUUCCACCUCAAAGUAUGUCUUCAAAACAAGACCCUCUUUCAAAAUCUUUCAAGGAAUCAGAUUUGACUUUGGAGAACAACGGAGCACUAGAGGCAUCCAAGUCAGAUGAGCUAGAGGAUGUAAAAGAACAAGCUCAAACAUGCGUACAACAGGCAAUGGAGAGCUCACCUAGUACUGCAGAUCAGAGUCCACAACCUUCACAGACGUCUAGACGAAAGAGUUUAGCUGAUAUCAAGUCAAAUAUCAGGCGUUUGAGCCACUUCAUAAAUACAGCUCCUGAUGAAGAUGGUAUGGAAACUUGCACAGCUCCGUUGCCUCAUCUGGACGAAAACUCAAAAUGCAAAACCUCAUCACCAGUAGAGCCAGAGGUUGAAGUGGGUUCAAGAAACUAUAUGAAUGAUGCUGAAGCUGAAAAGCCUACAACAGCAGAACAGCCCUUUGUUGCACCCAGUAUGACUCUUUCUAGCUUAAAGACAAAACAGCUAAUGUCAAGACUUUCAGUGGGAGGUUUUAAACCAAAGCUUCCCAAAAGAAAACGUGCAGAUCAGGUAAAGAAGUCUGCUUCUGAUAGAGAACCUACAAAGACAUUCACCAUCAAUGCCACCAAUCAGCUGAGUGGAGAGGAUAACAUCUGUAUUCAGGAUGAAGAGCUGCUUGACUGUGAAGAUUUUUCUGAAAUGAUUGACACCACAAAUCUUGAAAAUACUCCUACAAAGGACAGCACUUCCAAUCCAGUCUUCAGGUCACAGCCUUUAGAGCAGGAUGUUGUUAUGGAAGAUUUUAUGGUCAGCAGCCAGAGACAAAAGAGGUCCCUGCUUGAAAGUGAAGACUAUAAGGAGGAUGAGAAGAGACAAAAGAUGUCCACAGAGUUAUCUGAAACGGCCUUUCAGACCGAAGCUGACUCUGAGAGCAACGUCUCUGGGAUUGAUACUCAGACCAUUGAUUCCUCCAACAGCAGUCCCGCAGGCAGCAGCAGAAGUGAAAUUGCGCCUGAGUCCACGUUUAAACACAGCCUGUUUGAAUCCCAGCUUGAAGACUACAGCGGCGAUAAACUUACGAAACUUGAAGAUGGCACAAUUACAUUAUUGGAGUUCUUCAAUCUCUUAAGAAUAGAUGUUUUCAUCCAUAACUGUCGGCAGAGCGUCCUUCCAGGCAGACUUUCUUCCAGCACGGAUAAAACAUCAUUAGAUUCACUUAAAGACAAAUAUAUAAACCAUCCGAAACAGAAGAUCUAUGAGAAAGAUGUUCAGAGCCUAAGAGAAAAAGUGGAAGGGCUUAAGUAUCAAAUGCAGGAUUUAGGCAAACCCUUAAAGACUGUUAAUAAAUCUCUGUGGGAAGAAGUGCUGAAAUUCACAGAAAAAGAGUUCCAGUCCUUUGGUGCCAAGCUAAAGGAAAGACACAACUUCUUCAGAAAACAUAGCAAAGAACAGGGUCAUGAAAUGAAGGAGGUGCUCUACGCUAAUUUGGUUGUAGCCAAUCUGGAGGAACAGCAGAAGUUGAGGGGAAAACUCAAUCAGGCAGAUCAGAUGAUUCGAAGUUUGGACGAAUGUAUCGGUGAAUUAGAAGCAGAACUUGAUGCAGUCGAGGGAAAAGGCUCUGAGGACAAACCAGGUCUAACAUCACUACAGGAAGAAAUGUCAAAGGUCACUGAAACGUUGGCGGACAGUGAGAGACAAAUAUCCGAACUGGUUUUUGAGAACGAGAAGAAGUCAAAGGAUCUGAAUAGACUUAAAAGUGAAGCGAAAGACCUGCAAAGCCGCAAUGACGUGCUGGAUAUGAUAAAUGAAUGGAGGCUUGAAGAAAACAAGGACACCGGUUCAGUCUACACGUUCCUUUAUAAGACUAUGUUUCUGCGUUUGGUGUAUGAAAAAAACACUGGAGAUGAUGCGAAGAGCAGAUCUGAGAAGAAAAUGGCAAAUAUCAGCUUUGAAUUUAAUCUGGAUGAGAAGUCAUAUUGUCACGCCCGCCUUGUUCAUAAAUUAGUCUCUGGGUACGUUGAGGGAGAGUCCUGCUGGGUGGAGAAAUAUCCCACAAGUCAACAUGUUCCACAGCUUCUUCGUGAAGUCAGCUUGGCGGUGGGCCGCUGCCGCCUUUUUGGAGAAGAGAUACGUCUCCUGAAGACGUGGGGGAGUCUUCGGUUUGAUAUCCUGGAUCUCAGCUGCUCAGAGACCCAAGUUCACAUUGUCUUCAGCAGCCUGAGGAAGUUUACCAAGUUUGAGGUGAUCUUUGAAGCUGCGUUGACCAACCAGAGCUGCGUCUUCCAUGUGCAGAGCUUUAAAAACGUGAUAGGGAGCACAACGAUCCAGCAGAUUGAGGAAGUUGUGGCUUCAAUGAGUCCAGGAAGGAACCUUUUUACAAGGAUCAUCAAGAAGCUCCACCAAACUCUGCUUUCAUAACAUCAGUAGAGUUAAUUCUUUUGUUAAUAAAUCAAAUAAAUGUAUAUUUUUUUAUUCCCUUUAAUUUUUUUUUCAGGUUAUUCAAUCCUAAAUGCCAGUUUAUCUCUGCAGUGCAUUUACAUUAGUAAACAAAAAACUGCAUUUUCUGUAAAAAUUAAAACUGUUGGGCUUGGUCAAAUCACGCCUUUUGUUACUUACUAAUCAGUAAAACAUUUUUAGUUUAUUAAAUUUAUUUCAUUAAAUCCUAAUAAAAAUGUAUUCUGAUGGGUUUUUGUUUUGUUCUACUUGCUGGUCAUCUUCUUUGGGUGCUGAACAUAUGUAUAUAUCUUUGACUUGCUGUUUAAAUGUUUAAACGUUUAAAUUGUGAUAAUAAAAA